GUAGCAGGCCUAACUUGAUAAAACCAACCCAACUUACUGUAUCAGAUGGCUUGUUCCAGGAUAAAGGCCCAUGAGGCCGUUACGGAGCUUUGACUUGCAGUAAUAGCCCGUAAAGCCUCUUGUGCGCCAGAGACCGACAACGUCCUUAGUCAAAAAGAUCGGAUCACUUUUUUUACUUCACAUCAAAGCUAAAGAAAAGACCAAGUGGCGAUUCAUGAUUUGUCGCAUUAGCAUUGCGUCUGACGUGUACACAGAAUCGCCUUGCACCGCAAGCUUCUUUCCUCUGCAAGUUUCCUUCUUCUUGCCUCGAGAAGCCUUUUAAUUUGCUUUUACUUCCUUUUCCCAUUAAUUAAAAACAAAAAGAAAAAUUAAUAAAUUAAUGAAUGUAAAGAGAAGAGAACAAUCAGAAAAGUAGAAACAUCAACGAUAUAACUUUAUUAAAUUAAGGAACGUGCUUGUAAAGUCAUUUUUCCUAUAUAAAAAUCAUUUAAAUUAAUUAAAAACAAAACCUUUUGCUCUAUAAAAAGCUAUACUCUUUAUCACAGCUUCAACUCAACCAUCGUUCUAAAAAAAAUCUUUAAGGUACUUCGCCAGAGAGCAGAGAUGUUUCCUUCCUCCGAUAACGCUUUCUCGCCGUCGUCGCUGUUCUCAGCGUACGCAUCCCUCACCGGAUUCUUGAUGCUCUUCAGAUCGAUGCUCCACGACUUCGUCCCGGAGCAGCUCCGAACCUACUUCUCAACACUCCUCGACCGCUUCUUCACUCCCAAAUCAAAGACCCUCACUGUCAUCAUCGACGAGAACUUCGGUUCGAACCGGAACCAAGUCUUCGACGCUGCCGAGCUCUACCUCCGCUCCAAAAUCGGACCGGAGACAGAGCGGUUGCGCGUCGGAAAAACCCCAAAGCAGAAACACUUCACUAUCUCGAUCGAGAAAGGAGAAGAGAUCAUCGACUCCUUCGAGGAAUCCGAGGUGAAAUGGAGCUACGUUCAGUCGGAGAAGGAGAAAGGCGAGCAAGUGAAACGCCACUACGAGCUCACCUUCGAGAAGAAGCUGAGAGAGAAAAUCACAAGCUCUUACCUAACCCACGUCGUUGCGGAGUCUGAAGAGAUCAAGAGGAGCCUGAGAGUGGUGAAGCUAUACAGCAAAGACUUGUACGUGACCGAGGACGACGACGGAUGCGCCGGCGGGAACUGGGGGUGUAUCAGCCUCGAGCAUCCUUCCACGUUCGAGACGUUAGCCAUGGAUCCCAACGCGAAGAAGAAGAUCAUCGGCGACUUGGAUAGGUUCCUCAAGAGGAGAGAGUUUUACAAGAGAGUCGGUAAGGCAUGGAAGCGAGGCUACUUGCUGUACGGACCUCCAGGAACAGGGAAAUCAAGCUUGAUUGCAGCUAUGGCUAACUACUUAAAAUUCGACGUGUUUGAUCUGGAGCUUAGUAGUAUCUACGACAACGGUGAACUGAAGAGGAUUCUGUUAUCCACCACCAAUCGUUCGAUUUUGGUGUUUGAGGAUAUCGACUGCAACGCCGAGGUUAGAGACAGGGAAGCUGAUGACGAUCAAGAAAGCAAAAAUAAUAAUAAUGGAAGGGUGACUUUAUCAGGGAUUCUCAACUUCAUCGAUGGGUUAUGGUCGAGUUUCGGAGACGAGAGGAUCAUCGUGUUCACGACUAACCACAAAGAAAGGCUAGAUCCUGCGCUGCUGCGUCCGGGGAGAAUGGAUAUGCAUAUCAAUAUGUCUUAUUGUACGGGUUUGGGGUUUAGGACAUUGGUUUCUAAUUACCUUGGUUUAGAUGGUUUAAACCAUCCUCUGUGUGAGGAGAUCGAGAGGUUGGUUGAUUCUACGGAGGUUACUCCUGCUGAGUUAGCUGAAGAGUUGAUGCAGGAUGAUGAUUGUGAUGUUGUUCUUCGUGGAGUGGUUAGCUUUGUUGAGAAGAGGAAGGUAGAGAGGAGCAAGGCCAAGGAGAGUGUUUCUAUUUGUAAUGAUGAUGAUGAUGAUGAUGACGAAAAACAGAGUGUUUGUACUAAUGGUAUGAGGAAUAGGAAGAAGCAAGCUGGUAGACGAAAAAGGAGGGGCGCUCGGAAUGUAAAUGCUAGAACUUACUUGCAAGUAGGAAUGUAAAUUAUGUAAUGAAUAAACCAGUUAAUGGUUCUGUUUUGUUUCUUUCAGUAUCCUGUUUGAAUCCUAGUAAAAAUAUUUGUAACUGAGUCUGGUUUUCUAUUUAUUGGUAAUAAAUUUUCUCGGAAUGAUUUUAGCU